UGAUGAGGGGGAAAACUAUUGAAUCACUUUUAGAAUAAGGCUGUAAUGUAAAAAAAAAAUGUGGAAAAAUUCAAGGGGUCUGAAUACUUUCCGAAUACACUGCACAUAUAGUUAUAUUUUCUGAAAAAUUUAAAGAUUGAUUCACCCUUUUUCCUUCAUUUUUGAGUUUGUAUGUUAUAGCUUUUUUCUUCUAAGAAUGUGACAGAAACCUGACUGGGGCAUUUGCUUUUUAACAAGCUAACAGUGUCACAACACUGCUGUCUGUUUAAAAAAAACACAAAUAAAAAAAGCUGAGACUGCUGUUUUGUAAAUAGACAACACAAUAGGACUUGGCAUGAAACAUAUAUACUGUAUACAUGACUGUCUGGGAUUUGUGAUUACCUUCAUUUUUACAUUGUCUUCAAUAACAUGUUUUCUUUUUGAUUUCAAACCACACUCUUGAUAGUUUGCUCAUGGUAUAAGAUAUUCUGUAUGUAAUGGGCAUUUAGACAAUCUUGUUCAGUGACAUUUCCCACCUGUACCUUUACUCGAUGUUGACUUAUUCAGCUUGGUCUACAUGCACAGAGAUACAUCAAUUCACACCAAAACAACUUAAACAACACAGGGACAUAGCCUUGACAUAGCUUACCUGAAAUAAGGAAGUGAGACUCAGAAAGCACAAGUGUCAAGGAAAGUAAAUGGCCAGCCACUUCUCGUUAAACCACAGAAAAUGCGUUGUUGAACGAAUCUUUCUAGGAAACACGUAUUGUCAAACCUCAUCUAAUAUGGAAGCAAACUAUUGUAAGAUAAAGCACAAGAGGCUGGAAAAAGCCCAAAGCAGUGCCCCUAAAUCAUGUAAAAGAUGAAGUGCCUUGCUCAAGGGCACAACGGCAGCAGGCUGCACAUGAUGUUCUGAUGCCAGCAACUCUGUGGCUGCCGGCACACUCACACCAAAUUUCCCCAUCAGCCCUGAAAUUCAAACCGGCAACACUUCGGUUACCAGCCUACUCCUUCUUCUACUGCAGACAUAACCCACACAAGGACUACUUCCAUGAAUAAAAGUUACGGAAUUGGCUUUCUAAGAUGUUUAAGAUGUACUCUAUUCAUUUGUGUCUUUCCAUCUGAAAAGCAGUUCAAAGCAGCAUCUACAUGCGUGACAGAUAUCUGUAUGUUUGGUGAUGUUUCCCUCACCCACACUCAUUCCCAGACAUGUAGUUAGAGGGCCAUUACAGGAAACCCACAUUAACACCUCAGCCUGCUCAAUGCAGAAAUGCAAAGAAAAUCGUUAUCUAGAGCACACCUUACUAGAAAAAAAGUUGCAGUCAUUGGUACAAAAGAAUAGAGUAGAGAAAAACAGUAGUUUCCCAGCCAGACUGUUUCAACCAGCAUACACAUUAUCACCAGAGGGAAGGUUACAGCAUUCAACCUGUACAUCAGAAAAGAAGAUAUUGGGUAAGAUGAACACAACCCAGGCCACCAGCACAGACAAUUACUAUGGCCAUGGCAACUAUGAAAGCCCUUGUAGCACUGGCACCAGUCUAACCCAAGGGUCCAACUACCAGCCCAUUCUCUUCUACCUGGUGUUCACCCUGGGUCUGACAGGCAACAGUCUGGUGCUCUGGGUCCUCCUCAAGUACAUGAAACUGAAGACAAUGACAGACAUCUGUCUGCUGAACCUAGCACUAUCUGACCUGCUCCUCGCCCUCUCCCUGCCUCUCUGGGCCCACCACGCCCAGGGUCAUGAGUUUAAAGGGGACAGUCCGUGUAAGAUCAUGGCUGGUGCCUACCAGGUGGGCUUCUACAGCAGCAUCCUGUUUGUGACCCUGAUGAGUGUGGAUCGCUACCUGGCCAUCGUUCACGCCGUGGCCGCCAUGAGGGCCAGGACGCUGCGCUACGGAGCGCUGGCGAGCAUCAUCGUCUGGGUAGCGUCCAUCAGCGCUGCUCUCCCUGAGGCCAUCUUCGUAGCGGUGGUGAGGGAGAAUGACGAGAACAGUGGUACAAGUUGCCAGCUGAUUUACCCCGAGAACACAGAGAAGACAUGGAAGUUGUUACGGAACUUUGGUGAAAACGGAGUGGGGCUCGUCCUAUGUCUGCCCAUAGUGGUCUUUUGUUACAUCUGUAUUCUCACUGUACUACAGAGGUUAAGGAACUCCAAAAAAGACAGGGCCAUGAAACUGAUAUUCGCCAUCGUGGGUGUGUUUGUGGUCUCCUGGGUCCCUUACAACGUUGUGGUUUUCCUCCAGACCCUUCAGAUGUUUGACAUUGGGAAUAGCUGUGAGGCUUCAACACAGCUUGAUACAGCUAUGGAGGUGACAGAAACCAUAGCGCUGGCUCACUGCUGUGUCAACCCAGUCAUUUAUGCUUUUGUAGGAGAGAAAUUCAGAAAGUGUUUGGGCACUGUGCUCUCUAGAUAUCCACUGUGUAAAAAGCUUGGCAAACAUGCAAUGGUGAGCAGCAGAGGAUCAGAAAACGAGACUUCUAACACACCUGUGUGAUUGUACUGCUGAAAGACAAUACUUCCACUGCUGAAAACCUGUUUGAUGCAUUUUCAUUGACAAAAACACUUCAGUUGGAAAGCAGCAAGUAGAGCAGAAGACCAAUUUAUGUGUCGUAUGGAAUAAUGAAGUAUUCUUCUGAACACAGACUUGCAUAUAAAUGAAGUAUAACUGUAUAAUAUUUAACUUUAAAUGUAUUUUGAUGAGCUCUGACUAUUUGUUUAAGGGUGAUGGGCUGUUUUUUUUUUAUUACACAUGUAUGUAUUACACACAAGCCUGCACACAUUUUUUCUAUAACAUAAUAUCAAUAUGUUUUGCAUAGAGAUUAUCUCAAUUUCUAUUCUUAUUGUAUGCACACGUUUUUGUUAUAACAUUAAAACACAACCAGGGGCAGGGUUGUGGCCAGAUGACUGCUGCUGGAUGGCCGGUGGCUAUCUGGCUACUCAUUGGCUACAUUUGCUGGCCAAAUAUUAUUUUGGUAGAAUUUUGACCCUCCUUUGAUUGAGGACCUGUUUUGGUAUUAACUUGAACUCAUCAAAUCAGGAAUUUGACCUUUUGAAUUAUUUUGAACUUUGUUGGCUGAGUAGGUAUUUGUGUUCCUUUCGGGAGGGUUUUCUCAAUAAAUAAGCCUGUGCAUUUUGUUGUACUGAAACAUAUU